AUGACAGGUAGGCGUCCUAUUGAACCGAAAAGGGAAAUAAAGGAACGAUUAACUGCAAAAUGGGCAAUAAAGAAGUUUGCAGAAGGUAAUGCCAUUGUGAUCUUGGACCCGAAGCUAGAGCGAACUGCUGCAAAUAACUUGGCCCUAGAAAAGAUUCUGGAACUAGCAUUGCAAUGUUUGGCUCCUGGCAGACAGAGCAGGCCGAGCAUGAGGAAAUGCGCAGAGGUUCUUUGGAGCAUUCGUAAGGAUUACAAGGAACAAUCAACCUCAGAUUUUUGUUAUCUUAUUUCUUCUAAAUCACAGGGGAGUUUUUCAGUUAUAACAGAAGAAUAAACAAAUAGCUGCCUAGUAUUGUGGAAAUCAACCCCACACCAGAAAUGGUAAUGUAAAGAGAAGCAAGCCGAAGCAGUUGCUUUUCAAGACGAACAAGUGAUAUAAAAUAAUUUUUUAUACA